UUCUGGUAGUGUGUGAAUUUCAUCAUGGCUCAUUGCUUAGACGGAUUGAAACGAUUCUUUACUGCUGUGGCAAAUUGGUGCAAUACUGAAUUGUCAUUCUUGAAACAGCAGCCUAAAGGUUUAAAAAAUCCAGAACUAAUUGCUAAUGAAACACUGUUUAGUGUAAGUGAGAUUGAAGCGUUGUAUGAACUAUUUAAGAAGAUUAGCAGUGCAGUUGAUGAUGAUGGACUCAUUACUAAGGAAGAAUUUCAGUUGUCCUUAUUCAACACAAGCAACAAAAGAAGUUUAUUUGCAGAGAGAGUACGUAAAGUAAAAGUGUUUGACUUGUUUGACACAAACCAUCAUGGAGUACUUGAUUUCAAAGAGUUUGCAUCUGCUUUGUCUGUUUUUCAUCCAAUUGCAUCAAUGGAUGAUAAGAUUGAAUUUUUAUUCAGAUUGUAUGAUCUGAAACAGCAAGGACAUAUUGAGAGGCAAGAGUUGAGACAAAUGGUGGUAGCUACUUUAACAGAAUCUGGCAUGAAUCUUUCAGAUGCUAUGAUUAAUAGUAUCAUUGACAAGACAUUUGAUGAAGUGGACACCAAUGAUGAUGGGAAGAUUGACAAAGAAGAAUGGCACCGCCUUGUGAUGCAGCAUCCAUCCCUUCUCAAGAAUAUGACUCUUCACUAUCUUACAGAAAUCACAACUACAUUUCCGAGCUUCAUAUUUCACUCUACAGUUGAUGAUAAUUGAAGUAACUGAAUCAUAUAAGCCAGAUUGAAUUUUCAUGGCUGCUUUUGAGGUGUUCAAAAAGGAUUUGGUUAAGAUGGAUAUGAACUUUGUUUAUAUUUUCAUGUGACAGAAUUUUGCUUUGCCUUUUAUGGGUAGGCAAGGUUUGUCAAUUAAACAAGUGGAUUUGAGUAAUUUCCACCUAGAAUAUUCAGGUUGUUCAGA